AUGGCAGCGCUGAUCCCGCUUGAGGAGCUCAUGGACCCACCUGUGAGGCAGCGCUACGACAUGCCGGAGGACCCCGAGGUGUUCGACAUGCUCAACGCCGUGGCCCGGCAGAAAGAGGCAAAGCUGUUGGAACCAGGCGGUGCUAUGGUCCCGGAACGCGACGCCGGCGAGAACACGGUGAACACGACGAGAGUAAGUAGAUGA